AGAAAUUCACUUUUCUUGAGGCCUGAUUCCGAUUAGGGCUUGUUUGCGGAGAAGGAGAAAGAGAGUGAGAGAAGCGAUGGGAGGUGGGCAUGGAGAAGGGACGACGUACAAGGGAUUAACGAUGUACGCACCUAAGCGGUGGCACGUAAUUACUGGGAAGGGCAUGUGUGCUAUGAUGUGGUUUUGGGUUCUGUACAGAGCCAAGCAAGAUGGUCCUGUAGUCUUGGGGUGGAGACAUCCUUGGGAGGGCCAUGGCCAUGGACAUGAUGAGCAUUAGGUAAUCCUGAAUGAAGUGGGUGUGAAGUGAGAUCUCUAAGGGCUCUGUUCAUAGAUGUCUUUUUGGCACUUCUUUGUCAUAUUCUGUUCAAUAAAAUGAAUUUGUUUGUAAAGGCCUAUGUACUCUCCUUUGAGAUCGUCUGCUUGUUAUGCCUUUUCUGAAAUACUCUUGGUUGGACUUGAAUUCGCAAUGAAAUCAUUGUGCUGUUUCUUUUUCAA